CUUUUUUCUUCUUUUGGUUUUAGGCGUAAGAAAAAAAUGUCUCAAACAGCGGAGGAAGACAAGAAGCCUGGCGGCGAUCUAAUUCACAUCAAUCUCAAAGUCAAAAGUCAGGAUGGGAAUGAAGUCUUCUUUAGGAUCAAAAGAAGCACCCAACUAAAGAAACUCAUGAAUGCAUAUUGUGACCGGCAGUCUGUGGAUUUUAAUUCAAUUGCAUUCUUGUUUGAUGGUCGUCGUCUUCGAGGAGAGCAGACUCCAGAUGAGCUGGAGAUGGAGGAUGGCGAUGAAAUUGAUGCAAUGUUGCAUCAAACUGGAGGCUCGACUGUUUGAGGCAUCUCAUCUCUUUUGUUUAUGGACAUAGACUGAGUUUCUAGGUGGUAGACUUUAAUGAAUGUAGCUUGUGCUACUUUAGGUACUGUAGAAGCAUAUAUAAGCUUUGUGGUUUUGACUAUGUUUGUAUGAACUUAGCUACGUAUUGCUUACUGUUGCAAGAAGAUCUCCAGUGGCUUCUUGUCGUGAAACUCAAGUGUUGCUUGUUCUACCUA